GGUGAACAUACGAUAGGGUAGCUCAAAUACAGCGCUGUGUGGGUGGGUGUCAGUAUAUGAAGAAUUCUCCUGCAGACUGGAGCUGUCCUGGUCCCGGGUGGAGCUGUCGGCGACCUGCUACAGAACCUGUGAGACCUCUGAGAUGCUUCAGAUACAGAUCCAACGCAGCGGGAAGAGCGCCGACCCGGCGUACGUCGCCAUCCAGGUGGAGGAGGGAUCGGCAAAACCCGGCAGGGACUUCACUCACAGCACAGCCGGCCUCAUCCAGUUCGACCCAGGAGUCAGUGUGAAAACCUGGAACAUUUACCUGAUAGAUGACGGUCUAGAGGAAAACCACGAGACCUUCUCUGUUACCCUGAAAAGCCCCAAAAACGCCGUCCUGGGGCAGAGGACCUCCGCUAGUGUGGAAAUCAUCGACCCCAGAGGAGGCCGGUGCAAUCCAGACGACCUGAAGGUGGAAGAGGAUGGGACGCGACUCCCUCCUCUUCCUCCAGGCCUCCCGGACCCUCCCAGACCGAAGGAGGAGGACGCCGUCACCGACAUCGAGGCGGAGCUGCUGUGGGAGAACCGGCCUCACCCUCCCCGGGGCGAUGUCCCAAACCGCCGACCCUACCUGGACUACGGAGAGGUGGAACCACAGGAUCAGGCGGCCCAUGACGGCUACAGCCACGUCCACUACCAGGGCCGGCAGCUACCAGGGGAGAGUACUGGGAGCACUGGGAGCACAGGACUGCAGGUCCAUCAGUCUGGAGAGAGAAGGUCUGAGGAGAAGGUCUGGACGUUCCACAGUCUGACUCCUCUGCGGGUGGAGGAGCUGAAGCCGGGUGAAUCUGGGUGGAGUCGGUCGCCUCAUGGUCGCCUCCCGCAGGACUUCCGAGCCGGGGAGCCUCUUCAGAUGGACCAUCCAGAACCCAGACGCCAACCGGAGCUCCUCCAGCGCAAGACGGGGAAGGCGACCAGCAGCUCCUGCCCGGGCGGCUGGACUCACUACAGGAUUGAUUGA